UAAAUAUUUCAGAAAACUCAGCCUUCAGUUUAGUGCUUAAAUUUUAAAAUGCUAAUUCCUGCUUAAAGCAUUACAGCCUUCUCCGGACAGCUGGAUCUUCACAUCAUAUGCCCAAAGUAGGAUAAUUUGAGCCUAAACAAUUGUGCCUUGACGCUGUCACCCAGGAAUUCCAAGGAACUCCAACCUUAUCCUGUCAGAGGGCUGAAAAGAUCUGCCUCACCACCCAGGCACUGGACUACGUAGCCCAGGAAAUGAAAAAGGGAAUGAAGCCAAUACCUGGAACAAAUUACACUUUGGUGACCAACUUCAUUCUUUUUGGACUCACAGAACACCUGGAAAUGCGGCAAUUGCUCUUUGCAACAUUUUUAAUCAUCUAUAUUGCCACUCUGCUGGGGAAUCUUGGGAUGAUUUUGUUAAUUUGGAUUGUUCCCCAGUUGCAUAUCCCCAUGUACUUCUUUAUUAGCAGCCUAUCCUUUUUAGAUGCCUGUUAUUCCACCACCAUCACACCUAUAAUGCUGGUAACCUUUUUAGUGGAAAAGAAAACCAUAUCUUAUGCUUCUUGUAUGACACAGUAUUGUUUCUUUGCAAUAUUUGCCACAACUGAGUUCUUUCUAUUGGCUGCAAUGGCAUAUGAUCGUUAUGUGGCCAUCUGCCAGCCUUUGCUCUACACUUCGCUGAUGACUAAGAGGCUUUGUACUGGAUUGAUAGCUGGCUCAUAUCUAUGGGGAGUUGUGAACUCUAUGAUUCACACUUGUGGUUUGUUAAGGUUGUCCUUUUGUGGCUCCAGGAGCAUCAAUCACUUUUUUUGUGAUGUCACCCCGCUUUUGAAACUGGCUUGCAAUGAUGUCUCUAUGAAUGAGAUGCUAAUAUUCAUUUUUGGCAGUUUGUUUGAAAUGAGCACCUUGCUGAUCAUUAUUGCCUCUUAUAUAUUCAUUAUUGCUGCAGUUCUAAGGAUUCACUCCACAGAAGGGAGGCAUAAAGCAUUUUCUACCUGUUCAUCCCAUUUCACAGCAGUGGCCAUAUAUCAUGGAACUAUUCUCUUCAUGUACUUCCGACCCACUUCUAGCUAUUCCCUUGACACUGACAAAACAGCAUCUGUGUUUUACACAGUAAUAAUACCUCUGUUGAAUCCAUUGAUCUAUAGUUUGAGGAAUAAGGAUGUAAAAUAUGCCAUGAAAAAAGUGUUUGGAAGAGAACUGGGCUCCCAAUAAAUAUCUCUUUUACUUUAUCUUCAGAGUAAACAAACAAAAAUGACUAUAUUUCAGAAAAAAAAUAUAAAGUCUUAACAAAGAAUUUCUUAAUGUAGAUUAUUAAUAGAAUCCUGGCAAUUCUUCCAUCUGCUAAAUAUACCUUAAAAUAAAAAUCACAACAAGUGAUGUAAAUUUGAUAAAGUAUCUUUUCCAGAGGAAUUUCUGGCCCUUAUUUGCAAGGCAAACAGCAGGAUUGGCAAACGCUCUUCCCUGGUCCUUGAUUUUGCUUAAAGUAACUUAAAGGAGAAAGGAAACCUCUUUAUAGCCACUCAAUAAUUUUAAAUCUCACUUAGUUUUCCUUCUGCCCUCCUCCCAAUCAUACACACACUCACAUGAACAAUGCACAAUUUUAUUCUCUCUUUUGAAAGUUUCCAAUAUUCCACCUUAAUAGCUCCCACCCACACAGAAACUUCUGUUAGCAGAGAUCUCUGGUUCUUGGAAAUGCAUUUUGAAGAUAUGGAUCUAAUGACAGUAUGAAAGGGUGUUUUCCUCUCUACAUACUUUUCCAAGGAAGAAAAGGUUCUCUCUGAAAACAAGUGUUUGCACUGUAAUGAAGAAUAUCCAAUGCAAUUGCCUUUUCAUAAUAGACAGCUUGUAUCUCAUUGAAUAAAAUCAUAUAUAAAUAAACCGAGAAAUU